UAUUGUGGAAAGUUACCCCUGGGGCACCUCAGACAUGCACCCUGGGGCCCCCGCAGCCCCUGGAGUAUCUGAACCCAGCCCCCGGGAACUGUGUGCCUUCGUAAGUGGGGCGGCUGCCCACAUGCUGCGCGCCCUGCACCCCCGACGGACAAGACCCACCAAAAGGAAGCCCAACCACAGGAGGUUCUUACACAACCAGAUCUGCAGGCAGUUUGCCAAGAUUGAGGCUGCCACCCAGGGCCUAGCCCUGUCCAUCCUGUCCCAGGAGGCGCCUCCCCAAAGACCACCACCCCAAAGGCCGCCCCUGCCGCCUCCAUCCCCCUUCCUGGGAGUGGCUCGUGCUGUGGCCCCCACAGAGGUACCCCAUGCCAGCCCCAGCUUGAGCCCCACUGCGCUGGAUGCCUCCACCCUCGACCUCUUUGAUGACAUUGCACUCACCCCAGAGCAUCCCUCAGUGCCAUAUGACCUGUCUCAGCUGGCCCUCAGGCAAGCCCCACAUUUCUAUGAUCCCUUGCCCUUGACCCCAUAUGCCUUGGGAGGAGGAGACAAACUCUUGGCUCCCAAGGAGGACUGGGUGAGCAGAUGGGAGGUGCCUUGUGCCUGCCAUUCUCACAGGAUCCCUGAGGGCUGUGAAACCUGCCCCCCAUGAUGCCCAAUCACAACCCAGCCCAGGUGCUGGGACAAACCAGAGGCCCCCCUAUGACAGCUCUGCAGACCCCCCCAGGAUGCCCCUGUUCCCUCCUGGUAACCCCUAGGAAAAUGACCCAGACUCCCAGCCUAGACCACAGCCUCACCUCUGCCUCUUCCAGGGGACCCCCUCGCUCUCUCUUUCCCCCACCUUCUCCCUUCUACCUACCCAGCCCCAUCACUUCAGAGUCUUUACUCUAGCCCCCUCUCACCUUGGUUCAUCUAUGCCUAAUGUCUGGUCUGGUCUCAUUUAUUCCCAAAGA